UAGAUAGAGCACAUAAGUAUUUGCUAUAAUAAACAAUUUCCUCUCCCGAGAGACUUUUCCACCUCCUCUUCGCUGUACGUACACACAUACAUGCCUUCUUUCCUUAUGGUUGUACUACUAUGUUAUUGUACCAUGGACUGUUGGACCUGUACUGUACUGUACUUUUCGCUUCUUGCUUCUCGCUUCUCGCUUCUGCUUUCUCAGCUGCUGCUCUUGGAUAAACUUGGAAUCAACCAGUUUCUGUCUCAUAAUACAUAUUCAUCCAACGAAGGCUCUCAUGCAUUCCUUUCCCAUAUCCGUCCAUGCCCGUCCAUGCCGCUCCUCCUCCUCCUCACCAACCCUCUUCUUCCUCUUUUACCUCUUUAACCUCUUCCUCUGACUCUUCUUUAACUUCUUCCUCAUAUUCA